UUUUUUAAUUUUUUAGAAAAAUAAAAAUAUUUUUUUGCUUUUCUAGCGCGCCGAACGCACUCUCGGGAGCGUUCGACCGCCAAAAAAAAUAAAAAUAUUUUUUUCCGUUCUCACGCUUCCGAAGCCGGCCGAGGUGCGCCCUCGCACCCCAUCUCGCAUGGAUCGGCGCUCCCAUCGCCGGAUCUCCGUAAAGACCUAUACGGGUCACUGCCGCCGCCGUCUUCUUUAGGGUUUCUCUCUCGCCGAGAUCCACUAGAGAAAGAAGCCCUGCGGAGAUUCUUUUACUCGCUAGGCUUCGGAUCGAGGGAUCGAUCCAUGGAGUUCACCGACGCCUUUAAGCAGACGGGCCCCUGUUGCUUCUCGCCCGAUUCUCGAUUUCUCGCCAUUGCAGUCGAUUACCGCCUCGUCAUCCGCGACGUCGUCUCCCUCAAGGUUUCAAAGAUGCUAAAUUUAGAGGAGAAAAUAUGAUGUUUGAGCGGGUUUCAAGCCAAUGGUCAUUCAACUCUACUCAUGUGUCGACAAGAUAAGCUAUGUCGAAUGGGCCCUCGAUUCGGAAUACAUUCUCUGUGGCCUUUACAAGAGACCAAUGGUGCAGGCAUGGUCAUUAACCCAGCCAGAAUGGACUUGCAAGAUAGAUGAAGGUCCUGCAGGAAUUGCUUAUGCGAGGUGGAGUCCUGACAGCCGUCACAUACUGACCACAUCGGAGUUUCAGCUGCGGUUGACUGUUUGGUCACUGGUGAACACUGCCUGCGUUCAUGUGCAGUGGCCGAAACAUGCCUCAAAGGGUGUUUCAUUUACCCAAGAUGGGAAGUUUGCUGCAGUCAGCACUAGGCGUGAUUGCAAGGAUUAUAUAAACCUGCUCUCCUGUCAUACAUGGGAAAUUAUGGGUACAUUUGCUGUUGACACGAUAGACUUGGCAGGUGUUGAGUGGUCUCCAGAUGAUAGUGCCAUUGUGAUCUGGGAUUCACUUCUUGAAUAUAAGGUUUUAAUUUAUUCUCCAGAUGGGAGAUGCCUGUUUAAGUAUCAAGCAUAUGAGAGUGGUUUAGGCGUGAAAACUGUUGCUUGGUCUCCAUGUGGACAAUUUUUAGCAGUGGGUAGUUAUGAUCAGAUGUUGCGGGUAUUGAACCACCUGACCUGGAAACCUUUUGCAGAAUUUAUGCACAUUUCCACGAUUCGCAAUGCUUGUAAUGCUGCCAUUUUCAAGGAAGUGGAUGAACCUUUGCAACUUGAUAUGUCUGGAUUAUGCUUGACUGAUGAUUUCCCUCAUAAUAUACAAGGAAACAGUCCUGAAAAUGUUGCUGAGGGAAAUUCCAGAGUGAAGUACAAAGUAAUGGAUUUUCCUAUUAGCUUGCCAUCCCAAAAGCCAGCCAUUGAUAAGCCCAACCCAAAGCAAGGCCUUGGCCUGUUGUCCUGGAGCAAUGACAGCCAUUAUGUCUUCACUCGUAAUGAUAACAUGCCAACUAUUCUUUGGAUAUGGGAUAUUUGCCGUCUCGAGCUUGCUGCAGUUUUGGUGCAGAAAGAACCAAUCCGUGCAGCAGCCUGGGACCCAACAUGCCCUCGCGUUGUUCUAUGCACUGGGAGCCCUCAUUUGUAUAUGUGGAGCCCAUCUGGAGCAUGCUGUGUCAAUAUUCCACUUCCAAACUUUGUUAUCUAUGAUCUGAAAUGGAAUUCAGAUGGAAGCUGUCUUCUCCUGAAGGAUCGAGAAUCUUUCUGCUGUGCUGCAGUUGUGUCUAUGCUGCCGGAUUCCAGUGAAGAUAGUUCAGAUGGUGAAUGAGGUCCCUUUCGUGCUCGUGGCUCAGUGCAUAUCUUUCUUUGUGUGCCACAAAUUGUUCUUUAGGACAAUUUCCUGCUCCCAUGGGUCACAUUAUUGUGCUUUAAUGAUGAAAUCUUUCACAGAAUUCCUAUUUCAGUUUUAUAAGAAGUUAAAUAUAUCUCCUUGCGUGAAGCUUAUGUUUUCUGUAAA